AUGGCCCCCGGAUCAACCUCAGGCUCUUCAAGAGAGUCCCCUGGCCCUCGAAUAAAGAUUGACGCUGAAAAAUACUCUCCUUACGACUAUGAUGAAGAAUACGGCUCCCAUUCAGAACUCUCCUACGCUCCCUCAGACUCUUCCGCGUCCAAACCGUUCCUCUCACAGGUAAAAUACAGAAGAAGGCCUAGAGUCCAACUCUACAGAGUUCCCAAUUCCAUAAUGAGAUGGGUUUGUUUGGGCGUGUUUGUUGGGCUCGUCCUCUUCGUCUUCACCUUGUUCAGAGUCACCCUGUCUCAGGCCAUAUUUAAGAUUCCAGCUCCUCCACCACCAAACAUAUUCAAACCGCAGCCACCUGAGUGGGAGAACUUCCCCUUCUUGCUUAGGUACUAUGGCGGACUUCGGACGUUGACACCGAAGAAUGAGAGUGUCCCUGAAUACCCUGGCGGGAACAAAGGAACAGAUAAUUCCACCGCCGAAGAGCCAGUUGACAUGGACAGAGUGGUUAAAAACGUUCCAUUUAACCCGUAUCCGGAGUUCUCGUCAAAGAGCUACGUUGAAAAGUUUGGUAAAAAAGUGGACUGUUAUGUGGAUAGUGAAAGAAAGGUUCCUAUCCCUCAGGUUCGCCGAUAUAAUGGACUUCCAAAAGGGUUCCCUGACAAUGUCAUGGGCUCCAAUGAGUUGAUUGGGCUCGAAACUGAUGUAUGCUACGAUCGAUUUGGAAGACUUGGACCUUACGGCCUAGGAUAUGGAGUUAGAUCAGGCGGUACCGGCGCUGGACUGGAAGGUGACCGAUCUGGAGCAGACCAUAUGUGGGAGCAUGCUUCCCCGGUUGACUAUCGAAAAGUCAAAUGGGCCGACGCGCAGAAACAAUGUCUGCAAGACAACCGCCAUAGGUUCCCUUCCCCAACGGCGCCAAAGACGGAUAGGUUCAUAGGUAUGCCUGUGGGCGAGAAGGCUCCUCGUGGCGCGGAAACUUCCCAAACGCAUGCACCGGAAAAUCCUACCGCCCCCACUACAACAAAAGUUCCCCGAACCGCAGUCAUAAUUAGAACCUGGUCAGAGUUCAAGUACGAUACCGAAGCAAUCUUAUACCUUCGCUCCCUAAUUGCUGAACUGUCACUCUUCUCUGGUGGAGAAUUUGAUGUGCAAUUCUUGAUCCAUGUCAAGGAUGACAACCUCCAGAUCUGGUCAGAUGAAGAUACUUAUAACCGUGUCUUGCGGGAGUCACUGCCAGAAGAGUUCCAGGGCAUGGGCACACUUUGGUCCGAGAGACAGAUGGGCCUCAUAUAUGGUGGCCUUGAAGAGACGUUUGCUCGAAACCUCCCCGUCCACGGUGUGUACCGCAGCACAUUUAUGCCCGUUCAGUAUUUUGCUCUUCAGCAUCCUGAAUAUGACUAUUUCUGGAACUGGGAGAUGGAUGCUCGCUACACAGGUCACUGGUACGAUUUGUUUAACAAGAUGCGCCUUUGGGCAAAAGAACAGCCCAGAAAAGGACUAUGGGAACGAAACAGCCGGUUCUACGUUCCUUCUGUGCAUGGAUCAUGGGAGGAUUUCCGCCAUACCGUCAGAGUGCAAACAGAGCAUGGAACAGCCAGCCCUAACAACAUGUUCAGCGCAGCAUCCAAGGACCGGCCAAACGGUCAUCGCCCAACUGAAAUGAAGGGUGACAGACCUAUCUGGGGCCCCGAGCGACCACCAGCUGAAAACGAUGUUCUGGAGCUAGAAGACGAUGGCAAACCACCGACUAGUUAUGAGAAGGAUAAGUUUGAAUGGGGCGUUGGCGAGGAGGCUGACCUUAUUGUUCUCAACCCUCUCUACGAUCCGGAUGGAACCACCUGGCUUCUUAAGGAUGAUAUUACGGGAUACAACAAGAGCGAAGAAGCACCGCCGCGGCGAGCAGCCAUCAUUGCAGCUUCACGUCUCUCCCGCAAACUCCUACUCACAAUGCACAAGGAAACAAGCCUGAAAAGACACCAUAUGUUUUCCGAAAUGUGGCCACCAACCGUUGCUCUUCAUCACGGCCACAAAGCCGUGUACGUGCCUCAUUCGGUAUACAUUGAUCGACGAUGGCCAACCGCCUACCUCGAAUCAGUCUUCAAUUCAGGCCGUAACGGCGCAACCGGCGGAGCUAGGACAUCUGUCUUCGGUAGCCGUGAACACAAUUUCCGAGGAACAACCUGGUAUUACUCUGCCGGCCACUCAGAGAACCUCUGGCGACGAUGGCUAGGCUACCGAUCUAACAAUGAUGGUGGUGAAGAAUAUGAACUAGCUAAUGAAGGGAGGAUGUGUCUGCCACCUAUGCUUCUACAUCCUAUUAAGGAAGUUAAUAUGGUUAUUGAUAAUGCUGGGAGGUCAUGA